CCCCCUGCAGCGUGAUGUCCCCUAGUGUCACACGGGGGCCAGCACUGACGCCAGGAGGUCUGUCUCUGUCCCAGCCCUGCCAUGGCGCAUGAAUACUUCACCCACAUGGGGGUGCUGUUCCCAUGCCUGGAUUACUCCCCCGAGGAGCUGAGCUACGUGGAGAAUGAAUUCCAGGUGCAGGACGAUGACGUCUUCAACGUCACCUACCCCAAGUCAGGCACUAACUGGAUGUUGGAGAUCCUGAGUCUGAUCCGUUGUGACGGGGACCACGGCUGGCUGCGCAGCAUACUGAACUGGGAGCGGGCACCCUAGCUGGAGAAUCACCUGGGGCUGGGGGCUGCCGUGAAAUACUCCCCGCCCCAGCUGCUCUGCUCCCACCUCCCCGUGCAGCUCUUCCCCAAGUCCCUGCAGCGCUCCAAGGCCAAGAUCAUCUACACCCUGCGCUGCCCCAAGGACGUCCUGGUCUCGCUCUACCACUUCUCCAAAGGGCUGCGCCUCUUCAAGACCCCGGGAUCCCUGGACUCCUUCCUCGAGGACUUCCUGAGCGGGAAGGUGGCCUUCGGCUCCUGGUUCGACCACGUCACCGGCUGGAUGGGGCUGAAGGGCAACGAGAACUUCUUCCCCAUCACCUACGAGGAGCUGCAGCAGGAUCCGCAGGGCAGUGUGCAGAGAAUGUGCCACUUUGUGGGGAAGGAGCUGAGUGAGGAGCAAGUGGCCGCGGUAGUGAAGAACGCCUCCUUCCAGAGCAUGAAGGGGAACAAAAUGUCCAACUACUCGCAGUUGUGGGACCAGUACAUGGACCACGAGAAGGGGGAGCUCUUGAGGAAAGGGAUCUGCGGCGACUGGAGGAACCAUCUCUCGGUGGCGCAGAGCCAACGAUUUAACACUGUUUACCGGGAGCGGAUGCAGGGUCUGGGCAUGACCUUCCCCUGGGACUGACAGCCCCGCGCCUGCCCCAUCUGGGCC